AUGGAGCGCUCGCCCGGCAUGACAGAAGUGGGCGCGCUAGUGACAGGCCGUCGCUACGUGCUGCUUACGAUAGCAGCCACUGGUGUCGCCGCAGCAGGUGCAGCACAGCGUCUGCGUGCUAUGCCGCCGUCGGAUUCGAUGACAUCGAUGUUACUUCUUUUCGUAUCGGAACUUAUGAGCUCUCGUGUUAGUGCAGCGAUUGUGUUGCACUUGUUUUUGGUCGUCAUGUACCAUGUUUUCUUACUGUUGGCACGUACAGCGCUAGGCACGUUGCGGCCUCUGGAGUUGCAACAAAUUAAGGAGACGAUGAUCCCCUUUGUGUUGCUGCGCUGUCAGCUGCUCGUAAGCACAAUGGGAUCUACAUCAGAGGGACAGAUGGCUGAGCUGGGACUGCUCGUGGUGUGGCUUGCUGCCUUGGCAGUGCUGCGAGCUCUGUUGGCCCUUACUUAUGCCAGGUUUCAGUAUUUACUGACGAGACCUAUGACCAAGUUGGGAGACUUGCAACAUAUAGGAGCGGUACUGAGUAUCAUUGCUGUGCUGGACCUGGGACUAGCUGCUGCGAGCUCGCGGCUUGGCCUUUUCUCGGCGAGAAUUGUGCAUGUGCCGUGGUUUGAAGCGUCGCUGAUGCUCCUUAGGACGUUGGAACUUGGUGUACAGGUUGGCUUUCAUAGCUUGGAUGUUAAUGCAGCUACCAUUACAGAAGACGAGGAGAUGGGAUCAGGAUACUGGGAGAACAAUGAAUUUCAUUUGUUAUUGCUGCAGACUGUGUUGUGCGGAUGCUACUUGGUGCAACUGGUGCUGUACUAUUUGUACGUCAUCAGUGUGGACCAGUUUCGCGUGAGUCUCUUCGAUCUCAUCUUGAUUCUGAAUGUGAAGAAUGCUACUGCGCGACUGCUGGAAAAAGCGAAACACGUCAAGCUAUACCAUCAAGUGGUGAUGGACCUGGAUCAUCUUUUCCCUAAUGCCUCGCCGGAGGAGCUUGAAAGUGUGGCUGACGACGUGUGCGCUAUCUGUUUAAAACCGAUGUCCACACAAGCGAAAAAGCUGCGCUGCGGCCACCUUUUUCACAGAUUGUGUCUUCGCCAGUGCCUUCAGAAGACAUCUGUUAGUGAUUCUCUUGCAGGACUGGAUCCGUUGACGCGUAUGGUCAACGGAGCGGGAAGGGAAGGGUCACCACUGCGCGUUGCUGGAAGCACUUUUACAGGGCCCACUUCAAUGCGCUGUCCAAUUUGUCGAAAACAAGUAUGUGGUGGAAAAUGUAACGAGAUGACCUCUGCCCAGCCGGAGGACGUUCCCCGCCAAUCUGAAAUAGAAGCGUUGGAGUCUCGAGAGGCUGAGCAGCAGCAUCAACUUGCUACUACUAACAAUGUUCAAGAUGGAGCGCAGGAACAGGCAACUGUAGGUGCAAAUGAAGCCGUCCCCGAAGAAGUGAUUCGCUUUAGCACGGCAUUUUUGUCUCGAUGGGUGCCAUUUCCUAAUUUUUCGUUUGAGAUUGUCCGGCAUCGAGCCCAGCGCAACUUCGAGGUGACGCAGGAAAUGUUGCAGCAGAUCUGGGAGGUUUUUCCUCAGUAUACCCUGGAUGAGAUUCGUGGAGAUCUUAUCCGAAGCCAGUCGGUGGAACGCACUAUGGAACGUAUUAUAAACGGGCGUCUGGAUGAACAGCGGGUUACCAUGGAUCAGCGAAACAUUGAUCCUGCGGACAUGGACGCAGACGGGAUGCUUGGUGAUGCCGUGAUCGAUUUGGGUGAGGAGUUCCGGUGGAGUUUUUCAGCGCUGGCAUCGGAAAUGUGGGGUGCUAAUCUUCCUACACCAGCACGAGCACCAGCUACUCACCAAGAAGAUAACGCAGACCGCCUGAAUACUCAUGUUGGUGACAGACUUUAA